GUUUCUGAGCAGCUGAGCUGAGGGCGGCAUGAGGCCGCCGUGCCCCUCUCAGGGCUCCAUGAAGCGGGCCCUCCCUUCUGAGACCAUCGCGGAGGGUCUGCCGCGCUUAUUCUACCUGUCGGUGAUGACAUCGGACGCCGCCAUAGUGGAGAGGAGCAAGAACGAACUGCGCGAGGUGGGUGGGCAGGGAGGAAGGCCGAGAAAGGGCCGACUCAGAGGCGUGUGAUGCAUGACGGAACUGGGGUCUUAUUGGUGUUGUGUGUUGUGUGUCGUGUGUCUGACGCCAGAAGCUGAGCGCGUACGAUGCGACGGUUCAGUCGCCUGUGCAGUUGAACCGCACCGUGCCCGAAGAGGGGAAGGACGACGUGCACACCUUCUUUAUCGCCGUCGAGGACGCCGUGGACGAGGAAGCCGUGAGGAAAAUCUUCAUGGAGAUGGAGAGUGAGGACGGACCACUGAUGGAGCUCGCCCCCCUCGUACGCCACCGCACACACGACGUUGCAGAGCUGACGGACGGACCUCUGGCUGUUGUGUUUGUCUGUCAGUUGCUGGGCACCCUGUCGCACAUCAACACGAAGAAGAAGACAGCGGUAGGUGGACGUGGCCAUUUUGUCCUCCAUGUGAUUGUCUUUCACGUGUCGUGUGUAUGCAGUCGACAUCCAUGUCAAACGAGACGCGCACGCCGUUUUCCGGAUCAACAAUGAUGGUGUGUAAGCGCAUUACUCAACAACGUCUGGACCGAUACACAUAUACAUGUGCAAUCUCUUUGCGUGUGGUGUGUGCAUCUGUUGGCUCCUCAGACUAUGAGCCAGCCUCCCAUGACGAACCCUGCGGUGAGUGAAAUGGGUGGGAAUGCAUCGUAUGGUGGCGUCAUCGACCCAUCCAUUCCCUUCUCUGUGUACCCUCAGAUCGUGAGUAGCAGUGUCAACCCGCCUGUGGUAGCACAUGGCCCGUGCAUCUCGACUGCAUUCGAUGGCUGGUCUGUUUGUGCGCUCGACUUUCGUCUCCUUCAGGGUGGUGGUGGUGGUGGUGGUGCUGGUGGUGGUGGCGUGUCGUCUUCAUCUGGCUACGCGGCUGCUGCUGCGGCGGUGAGUAUGGUUGCUCUCGACAAUGCGGAUUUGAUGGGGAUGUGUGAUGGUUGCUUCAGGCGGCUGCUGCGGCGUCGCAGACCAACACGAUAGCUCAGGUGGGUCCACUGCAGACAUACACGAGUGGGUGGAAGGGCAGACCCAUAUGUGUAUUGUCGUGUCAUGUGGGAUCAUGUGCAGGCGCCCCAAGGGCCCCAUGUAUUAGCGACUCCUGUAGCUCAGCGACCCCACGUACAUACACGAAAUGGAUCAAACAACGCACAGACACCCACCCACACAGUGCAAUCAAUCUGCAUUCGGUGUGUGUUUCAGUCGGUGUAUCAGAUGGUGGGCGGAGGCGUUCCGAUGGCUGGCGGCGGCAUGCCCAUGGCUGGUGGCCAGGUACGACCGUGAGAUACUGACGUACAUGUACCUGAGCGCCCGUCUGCAUUGUUGUGUGUGUGUGUGUGGUGAUGGUUCAUUGUGGUGUGUUUGUUUUAGCCGGUACAUCCGACGGUGGGUGGCGGCGCCCCCUACCAGUAUCAGUCGUUCGUUCCUGUGAGCCAAGAGGGACGGGGGAGGGCGGGGGUGGGGCGUGUAUGACUGUCUGUUGUUUGCGUGUCCAUGUGUGUCAGGUGGCGGGCCCCCCGCCUGUACUGCAUCCCUACAACUACGGCAACGUUCAGCACUACCACCCACAGAUGUAUCCGGGUAAGCAGACUGACGGACAAAUGAUUCGGCGACACACGCGCCACAAUGUUUCGUCGCCGUCUCUGUUAUUGUGUGUGCAGGCGGGGGCUACCUGCCGCCGAGCAACUACCCGCCAUGGGGCAACUACAAUCGCGGCCCCUGACGGAAAACAACACCACACACACACGUGAGCAAAGAGGGUGAAAGGGAGAGGGCCUCUUCUGUGAGUACAUGUCCUGCGUGCGUGUCUGUGUGUGGUGCAGAGUUGACCGACAUUGUACAGAUUGGUCAUAGAAUCCCCCGGCCCUGACGCUGCGGCGGCUUCUCUGACGAUAAACAACCAUUACGUAAGUACGCUAGCUGCACACCACAGCCACAGCCGCGCACACGGACUCACGGCUGACCCCCUCUCCCUUUGUCGUGCCGGGGUGUGUGUGUGUGCAGAUUUCCGGCCGGUAGUGGUAGUGCAUGUGUGUGGGAGAAUGAUAGCUAGGAUGGCCCUACGCAAGACGACCAACCGCACCACGACAAUCAAUGCGGCCGUGGACGGCUGGCUGCCCCCUUAUUUCUUUCUUUGGUCUUCUCCGGAGUGCCUGCCCGUCUCUAUUGUUUUGUUGUGUGAUUAUGUGUGGUGUCUGCGUGGCCUGCUGUGUGUGUUUUGGGCCGCCUGGGGUUCGUGUGCAGUAGAGCAAUGGAUACCAAUGGAUGCGGACCGCCAUGGAAAGGAAUGAAUGCUGCUUCAUGAAAGACAGAAGGGGGGAGGGGUGACGGUGCGAAGAUUCAACGAGGUACAUGCAUUGCAGCUCAGGAAGUACCAAGCAGCAGACCCUGCUGCCUUGAAAUGUCCCU